AUGGUCUCUAUAAAGCAAAUAAGCGUCGCUGCUGCUGUGCUCGGGCUGGCUGGCCAGGGGGUCGCCUUGGGAUCCGACGGAGUGAUCGACGAUCUCGAACUGGCAGAGAGAGCCGAGUUGGACCUGGGAGCCCGUGGACUUCCUCCCUCGCGACCCAUGGACGGGUUUGGGAGAAGAGCCGGCUCCAAUGUUUUGACUCGGCCACGAGACCUCGAAACUCGGCGUGGCAGUCAUGUAACAAGUAGUUACACCCGCCGGCCACGAAAACUGAAACCCGCGGCCACGGUCACAGGCUUCUCGCUCCGUUCCGAACCCUCGACCCCCAAGGGGAAAGGCAAGCCUCCCCCGUCACAUAAGGCUAGCCCUAAGAAAAAGGACACCCAGGAUGAUUUGACUGCGCUUAACGCACUUUCUGUCGGUCGCAGACUUGGCCUUAGACGACGUUCCGAGCCUUCGACCCCCAAGGGCAAGCCUCCUCCGUCACCCAAGGCCAGCCCCAAGAAGAAGGACAGCCAGGAUGCUUUGAGUGCACUUAACGCGCUCUCCAUUGGUCGUAGAAUCGGCUAA